AUGCCCGAAAAUACUCAACCUGGAAAUCUUGUUGCACGUCUUCAAAUAACUGGUACAUUAUCAGAAAUUUCAACUCGACUUGUGUAUAAUAGUUCUGAUGUUAAAACAAAUGGAACGAAUUAUUUUAUCUUCAAUUUUACUGAUCUUUAUUUACCUCUUGAUUAUGAAUGGUGGACAUCAAAUGGUUAUCCAAAUCCAUUUCGUUUUAUUGUUGAAUGUACAAUAUUAUAUGAUAAAUCAAAACAUGAUAUCGAUUUUCAACUUGAUCUUAUUGAUGUUAAUGAUAAUUCACCAAUAUUUUCUCAAUCAAUUUAUUAUUUUAAUCUAACUGAAACAACAUCAAUUAAUACAAUUAUAUUAACAGAUAUUUCUGCUCAUGAUUCCGAUUCAGGUGUAUCUGAAACAUUUUCUUAUUAUUUAUUGAAUAAUUCAUCAAUCUAUCCAUCCUAUUUUCAAUUGAUAAGUUCAACAAAUGCAAGUCUUGUUUUAGUUCAAACACUUGAUUAUAAUUCAAUGUUAGAAAAUUUGAAUUUAACAAUUGUUGCACAAGUAAAUAUAAUUUUAUGAAAAAGAAGAAAAACCGAAUUUUAUUUAUUACGAUAAUGAAAAUCCAUCAUUGUCGUCUCAAGCAAUUAUUUCAAUUCAUUCAAUUGAUAUCGCUAAUUUAGAUCCAAGGUUUUAUAUAUCAACAUCAUAUAGUCUUAAUAUUUCAAUUAAUAUAGAAAUCGUAUGUUUCAUUUUGUUGUUUUGUUUUUGUUUAAGGCCACCCCCCCCCCCCCCCCUCAAAAAAGUCACUUUUCGUCAGAAUCAUCGAAAUUGAGAUAAAUGCAUAGGGAAAUAGCCCGCCAUCUGCUCUUUCAUAAACGAAAAAAAUUUUUAUUCGGCACGUCCUUUUUUCCAAGAAUUUUUGAAGAUUUCCGUCAUCCCCUAUUCGAAAAAUAAGCUGUUUUUGAAAAAUACAAAAAAUCUUUUUUGUUUUUUCUCGUUUUAUAGGUUUUCGAUCGUAUCUCCAAGAUUUCUCGAAGGAGCUUCAUUGUAGCCAAUAACUUUUUUUUUGUUUGAAAGCUCGUGUUUAGGGCUAGCGACUCUCGUGGCCCUUUUUUUUAAAUAAGCUUUUUUAUUAUCAUAUAAGAAAACACCUUUAUAGAAACAGCGCCAUUUUUUUAGGGGUUUUUUGAGUCAUUGAACUUGUCAUCCCUUUUCUUCGCUUAAAAAGUAAGAAUUUAAAAAAAAGGGCCACGAGAGUCGCCAGUCCUAGACACAAGCUUUCGAACAAAAACAAGUUUAAAUGUAUAGAAUAAAGGCCCACAGAGAAAUCUUGGAGAUACUGAUGAGCUAUUUUUGACCCUUGUUUGGUGAAUAUCUCCGUCAAACGUCAAGAUAUAGGGCUGAAAAUUUUAUCAUAGCCAUGGUUCACCAGCCCCAACAUAUCCUGAAAGUUUCAUGCAAUUCGGAUGUUCCUGGCCUAAGAUCGAUUUUUGAGGGGGGGGGGUGGCUUUAAGGCAAGGGGGAAAAAGCAGAUUUUGGCGUCCAAAAUCUUUCAAAAUCUUCAAGAUCUUUCAAAAUUUUUCAAAGUCUUUUGAUUGUUUUUAAUAU